ACACAGUGCCAGUCAACCACUUGUUUUGGGCAGCGAGACACAACCACUGGACGGGGCCAGAAAACAAGAAUUAUCAAACUCUAGAAAAUCCACCAACUUUAGAUUAUAAAAAUCUGCAAAUUGUGACACUCGAGAAACGAGAGUAUCGUUUGCGAAUGUUUGGAUUUUAGUAGAGUUUGAAAGUGAAAGUUGACAAUAUUAAAUUAACCAUAAAUUGCAGGUAAAGGACCUAGAUGGGGAAAAUGAGGUUUAUCCUCUGGGGGAUUCUCCUCUCUAUCCUAUCAUCCUCAUUCAUACUCUUAACCUCAGCACAAUCACAAGAUGAUUUAGAAAAUAAACGGAUACAAUGUGGCAUCAGGUUUGCUGAGUUUAGUUCUAAUAGUUCUGGUAUAGAGGGAGGCAGGGAGGUAGAACCAGCACAGCUUUCCGCUCCUACUCAGGCGUUCCCCUGGUUAGUGAAGGUGGUGGUUAUCUCCCCUAUACUGGAAGUGGUGUGUGCUGGAGUUAUUCUUUCACCAACUCUAGUCCUUGCUCCAGCACACUGCCUUAGAGGUAUUCCUACUGAGACACUAAGGAUUUUGGUUGGACAAGACAGGGAAAAUUCCUCUUCAAUACAUGAUGUUGCAUACCAUUUAGAGAAUGUGAUACUGCACCCUGAUUAUAAUUCCACUGCGGGGGAUUCGGCAGAUCUGGCAGUAGUCAAACUAGAACCUAGAAGAGAUACAGGACCAAUACAGUUUAGCAACUAUUCCACGCCUGCCUGUCUUAACUUACAACCAAAACCAUCAGCUUCUUGCCAGGUUGCAGGAUGGGCUGUAACAACCCAGGGUCAGGAAUCAUUGAGGUCAGCAGUUGUGGGCCAUGAAGUACACUUGAAGAGCACUCAGUCCUGCACCGGUGAAUCUACUGGAAUACUAGAUUCAGGCAAACUUAUAUGCUCGUCAGAAAGGUGUAACAGGUUUGUAUCUGGUCCUGUAUUUUGUGGAUCAGGAUCAAGCUAUGAGUUGACCGGUCUUCCCGGCUCAAGUUCAAGUUGGUGUACUGCAGGGGCAUAUACUAGGGUUGCACACUACAGCAGCUGGAUACAGAAAACAAUGGCGUAUCUAGAUUCUGAUUAUGUAUCCCUUGAAGCUGAUAUUGUUGAGAAUGAUGAAGAUCAGGCCGAGGGUGAAGGAGAGUUCGCCUGCGCUAAUGACCCUUGCGGCGAGGGCGCUAGUUGCUGGAACGGUCAAGAGGGGUCAUUCUUGUGUACCUGCGAUACUAAAUCUCUUCCUAAAGGAAACCCAUACAGGAAGUGUGUUCAGUGUGUUUAUACAAACGAUUGUCCAAGUGGUCAAGAAUGCAAGGAUGAGAAAUGUACCGGCCAAGAUGAAAAGGUUCCGGACGAAUUCGUCCAAGUUGGAAAUAAUUACUAUAUAAUCAGUGAUGAUUCUCUACCUUGGCUUCAAGCACAAUAUUACUGUAUGAACAAACAAGGUCAUCUGGUGGAACUAGUCAACAAACAGAAAACAGACGAACUUCAAGCUUAUCUUAUUUCAAGACACGGAGGACAAGACUUCUGGGUUGGGGCUUCAGACCUAGAUGCUGAGGGGACAUUUAGAUGGUUCUAUUCAGGAGCUGAGUUCUCUAAGGAGCUCUGGGCGGACCAACAAACCAAAAACUCAUCUCACCAUUGUGUAAAGUUGAAUGAAGACCAAGUUAAGUUCAGCGCAUUUUCGUGUGAUGCCCCGCAACAUUAUGUGUGUGAGUAUAUGCCUGAUAUCUACCUUCCAGCUGGAGAAAAUGGACUCUCACAUGCAGAAGGCAGAGCAAGGAGUUUUGAUACACUCAACCCAAAUGCUCAUCACUCGCAGAUAUGUGGUCGGAAAUUCGUCAGAAAUGGGCGAAUUGUAGGAGGAGGGGUGGCCAGUUAUGGGGAAUGGCCCUGGCAGGUUUCUCUUCGUCAGUAUAAGAACGGGCAGUUCAAGCAUAAAUGUGGAGCUGCUCUUCUUACAGCUGAUUGGAUUAUUACAGCUGCUCACUGUGUCAAGGAUAUAGCUGCCAGUAACCUGAUGGUUAGGAUUGGGGAAUACCAUGUACUAAACAGAAACGAAGCUCAUCCUCACAUAGACAGGAGAGUGAGGAAGGUUGUGACACACAAACUGUUUGACAAGUUUACUUACGAAUAUGAUAUAGCACUUCUACAAGUUCAUGGGGAUAAACUAGACUUUCAGCCAAAUAUAAUCCCCGUCUGUCUACCUGAGAACAACAAUAACCUGGUCGGUGAGCAGGCCUGGGUCACUGGCUGGGGGAGACUUUCAGAAUACGGUCAAAUCUCACCUGUCCUCAGGGAGGUUAGUCUGCCAAUUAUAUCAAACAGUCAGUGUAUGAAAAUGUACAGGAGUUCUGGUCAGAAUGAAUGGAUUCCAAAAAUAUUCAUCUGUGCAGGCACCUCCACAGGGGGAGAGGACAGCUGUGAGGGGGAUAGUGGUGGACCCCUUGUUGUUCAGGGUAAAGAUGGAAGGUGGCAGCUUGCAGGAAUAAUCAGUUGGGGGAUUGGCUGUGGAGAUAG